GGCCCCAGACUAGACACAGGGGUUGAAGCUGCUUUAAAACACCCCAAGGACUUAACUGAAAACCCACACUCCCCAUGCUUCUGGGGCUUAAGAUCUUGAGCUCAUUCCUCAGUAUCUCUCCUCAGGAAGGUGGGGUGGGCUGCCCCGUGAGGUGGAGGUGAAGACCCCUGAGUCUGCUCCACAGACUGAGAGGCCCCCUAAGCCUAGAGCCCUGCUGCGGGGCUCUGUGCCAAGAGCCCCCGUGAGCCAUGGCCUCGAAAGGGCAGCGGUGAUUUUUUUCACAUAAAUAUAUCGCACUUAAAUGAGUUUAGACAGCAUGACAUCAGAGAGUAAUUAAAUUGGUUUGGGUUGGAAUUCCGUUUCCAAUUCCUGAGUUCAGGUUUGUAAAAGAUUUUUCUGAGCACCUGCAGGCGUGUGUGUGUGUGUGUGUGUGUGUGUGAAGUAUUUUCACUGGAAAGGAUUCAAAACUUAAAAAAAAAAAAACUGGAGCACACAGGCAGCAUUACGCCAUUCUUCCUUCUUGGAAAAAUCCCUCAGCCUUAUACAAGCCUCCUUCAAGCCCUCAGUCAGUUGUGCAGGAGAAAGGGGGCGGUCGGCUUUCUCCUUUCAAGAACGAGUUAUUUUCAGCUGCUGACUGGAGACGGUGCACGUCUGGAUACGAGAGCAUUUCCACUAUGGGAUUGGAUACAAACACACACCCGGCAGACUUAAAGAGUCUCAGACUGAGGAGAAAGCCUUUCCUUCUGCUGCUACUGCUGCUGCCGCUGCUUUUGAGGGUCCACUCCUUUCAUGGUUUUUCCUGCCAAACCAGAGGCACCUUCGCUCCUGCCGCCGUUCUCUUUGGUGUCAUUCAGCGGCUGGCCAGAGGAUGAGACUCCCCAAACUCCUCACUUUCUUGCUUUGGCACCUGGCUUGGCUGGACCUGGAAUUCAUCUGCACUGUGUUGGGUGCCCCUGACUUGGGCCAGAGACCCCAGGGGGCCAGGCCAGGAUUGGCCAAAGCAGAAGCCAAGGAGAGGCCCCCUCUGGCCCGGAGCAUCUUUAGGCCAGGGGGUCACAGCUAUGGUGGGGGGGCCACCAAUGCCAGGGCAAAGGGGGGCACCGGGCAGACAGCAGGCCUGACACAGCCCAAGAAGGAUGAACCCAAAAAGCUGCCCCCCAGAUCGGGUGGCCCUGAACCCAAGCCAGGACACCCUUCCCAGACAAGGCAGGCUGCAACGCGGACUGUGACCCCAAAAGGACAGCUUCCUGGGGGUAAGUCACCCCCAAAGGCAGGAUCUGUCCCCAGCCCCUUCCUGCUGAAGAAGGCCAGGGAGACUGGGCCCCCUCAAGAGCCCAAGGAGCCGUUCCGCCCGCCCCCCAUCACACCCCACGAGUACAUGCUCUCGCUGUACAGGACGCUGUCCGAUGCUGACAGAAAGGGAGGCAACAGCAGCGUGAAGUUGGAGGCUGGCCUGGCCAACACCAUCACCAGCUUUAUUGACAAAGGGCAAGAUGACCGAGGUCCUGUGGUCAGAAAGCAGAGGUACGUGUUUGACAUUAGUGCCCUGGAGAAGGAUGGGCUGCUAGGGGCCGAGCUGCGGAUCUUGCGGAAGAAGCCCUCAGACGCGGCCAAGCCAGUGGCCCCCGGCAUCAGGCGGGCUGCCCAGCUGAAGCUGUCCAGCUGCCCCAGCGGCCGGCAGCCGGCAGCCUUGCUGGAUGUGCGCUCCGUGCCAGGCCUGGACGGAUCUGGCUGGGAGGUGUUCGACAUCUGGAAGCUCUUCCGAAACUUUAAGAACUCAGCCCAGCUGUGCCUGGAGCUGGAGGCCUGGGAACGGGGCCGGGCCAUGGACCUCCGUGGCCUGGGCUUUGACCGGGCUGCCAGGCAGGUCCACGAGAAGGCCCUGUUCCUGGUAUUUGGCCGCACCAAGAAACGGGACCUGUUCUUUAAUGAGAUUAAGGCCCGCUCCGGCCAGGAUGAUAAGACUGUGUAUGAGUACCUGUUCAGCCAGCGGCGAAAAAGGCGGGCCCCACUGGCCACGGGCCAGGGCAAACGGCCCAGCAAGAACCCCAAGGCCCGCUGCAGUCGGAAGGCACUGCAUGUCAACUUCAAGGACAUGGGCUGGGAUGACUGGAUCAUCGCGCCCCUUGAGUAUGAGGCCUUCCACUGUGAAGGGCUAUGUGAGUUCCCCUUGCGCUCCCAUCUGGAGCCCACGAACCAUGCAGUCAUCCAGACCCUGAUGAAUUCCAUGGACCCUGAGUCCACGCCACCAACCUGCUGUGUGCCCACACGACUGAGUCCCAUCAGCAUCCUCUUCAUUGACUCUGCCAACAACGUGGUCUAUAAGCAGUAUGAGGACAUGGUUGUGGAGUCUUGUGGCUGCAGGUAGCAGCACUAGCCUUCUGUCUUCCUGGCUGGCACAUCCAGGAUGCUGGUCACAAGAGCCCCUCCCUGCACUCCCAGAAUCAGAGAAGUCGGGAAAAUACAGCCAGGACGUCUACACAGCCUGCACGAAAGGGGAUUCCAACAGCCUUGCUCUUACUCUCUGAGUGGGACUGGGUUAGAGAUUCCUUUCUAGCCACAAGUCCCCUUGUCUGAGGAUUUCUGCCCUUCUGCUGCUCUGACUGCCGGGACAGACCCAGGGAGACAGACUGAAUGGGACUGAGACCCAGGAGAUGUUGUUUUCCCCUGAGACCCAGCCCACAACUUCUCCUUACUUGGGCCUUGUUGGCUUCUGGACUCUCCAGGGAGGGCUCCUCUUGGGAAAGCCACACCUGCCAUCCCCACCUUGAAUCACCAUUGUGCCUGGUGACUUUCUGCCCCUGGGGCAGAUGAGAUGCUGAUUGGGCAGGGGUGGGCAAGACGGGAGAGGGCUCGGGCAGGGGUGAGGAGUGUGAGGCUGUUAGACUGUUAGAUUAAAAUGUACAUUGAUGAGAUAAAAAGCAAAACUGUUACUAAAACGGUGGCAAAUUUCUUGUUUACUCCAGGGGACCCAGUGACCUCCUCAAAGCAUGACUGACCCACGGAGGGGAGGUGGGUUGCCUGAAGCAAAUCAGGACAGACAGUACAAGCUGAGUAGGGCCAAUGCUACCUCUAACCCCACUCCCGUUCCUUCCAAAGGCCUUUUGGUCUGGAUCUCCAUCUGCUUCUCCGGGGUCUGGCAACAGACUUAGGUUUU